ACAAAUCAUAUGAUAGAAGGAGCGACCCAGUACAACUCUUCUACCUAUGCUUCCUCGCUUGGCCAUUGUUUUCGGGAAUGCUUUGACGACAGCCUGUGCUACACAUUUGUAUAUUCCUUAAACAUUUGUUACAAGUACGGAUGUGAUGGUAAUUGUAAGCUGACCUCCGGCGGUGUAAACACUGUUUAUCAGCGCGUCUGUCUCAGAGAUUGUAUGCCGUUGAUGAACACAUCGCAAUACGCUGUAACAGUAACAGGUGGUGUUACGCACGGAGCCAUUGCAAAAUACACGUGUAAACCAGACAAUAGCUAUCAAAGCGGAGACCUUACGAGGGAAUGCCAAAGCAAUAGUACUUGGUCAGGAAUUGCUCCGAAUUGCGUGGCUGAUUGUGGAUUACCGACACCGAUUUUAAACGGCUCCUACACUUUGUCUCAGGGAACCACACUUGGAAGCACAGCGACACUCCAGUGUCAAGCCGGGUUCCAAUUAGCAAACGGGGAUUCCACUCUGAUAUGCGAUGCGAGUUCACAAUGGAUCGGUACACAGCCAGUCUGUGAAAUAAUAGAUUGCGGCCAGCUUGGCGAUUUGCAAAAUGGAUUGUACAACCUAUCGUCCGGAACCCAGUACGGUAGCAUUGCAACAGCAUCGUGUUUAGCUGGGUACACGAACCAAAACACUGCCAACAUUGUAUGUUCCGAUAAUGGUAAAUGGAACGGUUCUCUUACCGACUGCACUCCAGUUGAUUGUGGACCGGUGCAAAAUAUUGAAAACGGCAUUGUAGUUGCAACAGGAUCAACAUUUGGACAAACAGCAAACUUUUACUGUAUACCUGGGUUUAAAUUAAUUGGUCCUACUUUAUUGAAGUGUAAUGAGUCGUCCAAAUGGGAACCAAAUUUACCAAGCUGCCGAGUUAAGGAUACCAGCAGUGAAAGCUUACCAAAGAAUCUCUACAUCAUGCCGUGCAUUUGUUACAACAAGACGUGGACGGGACUGACGCAGGAGCAGAUAAUAGCUCAUUUGAUACGGAACACCUCGAUAGACGCACGGAACACCACUAUGGCGCUCAGCAAGCUAAGCUGCCGACGCGACGAAAGACCCGUCUCCGUCAUAUUCGGCUACGUUGCUUCGGGAUUGAUCGGCGGGCUGUUUUUGCUGGUGGUAAUCUCAGAUUUGCCAAGGCUUAUCCAUGAUUUUAGAUUCUAUUUCUAGAGACGGGACACAACCGUUCCGUCUUUUCAAAUGUGUCUGAUUUUGAAAUAUUUACAUAGAUUUUUUUUAAACAUGCAUUUGGAAAACUUUCGUCCGUCAUUUGUCGUUUGUCGUUCGUCGUCCAUGUUUACAUUAUAAACAUUAUCAUAUUUUAAACUAGGCCUAGAAAUCAUUAGGACAUAUGUUCGUACCAAGUUAUAUGAAGAAUGGACCAUACA